AUGACCUGGUGUGGCAGCAGCAGGGUGUUGGGGGUGAACGUGAGCUGCCCCAGCCCCCUGGUGCGGGGCACCCUGGGGGGGGAAGCCCUCCUGGUCCGUCAGCUACACCAGCCGCAGCUCCGACUCCCCGUCAUCAAGUGGGCAGCUGCGGCUGAGCGGGAGAAGCCCGUCACCGUGGUCCAGUCCAUCAGCACCAGCGUCAUCGGCAACCUGCGCCCGGAGUACCGCGACCGGAUCUUGAUGUUCGACAGCUCCCUGCUGCUCCACAGCCUGCAGAUGUCAGACGAGAGGGGGGCGUACGGGGUGGAGAUCUCCAUCACCGACGACACCUUCACCGGGGAGAAGAACAUCAAUCUCACCGUGGAUGUUCCAGUCACCAGACCCUACAUCCAGAUGUUGGCUUCCUCGGUCCUGGAGCUCAGCGAGCUCUUCCAUCUUCACUGUUCCCAUGACAACGGCACCAAGCCCACGUACACUUGGCAGAAGGGGGGCCAGGUUCUGGCCAAUGACUCGCGGCUGCAGCUGUCACAUGAUCAGAAGGUGCUGACCAUCUCGCGGGUGGUGAUGUCGGACGAUGACGUGUACAGCUGCGUGGUGGACAACCCCAUCAGCAGCAUGAGGAGCCUGCCUGUCAAACUCACCGUCUACAAGCGUAGCUCGCUGUACAUCAUCCUGUCCACCGGGGGCAUAUUCUUGCUGAUCACCCUGGUGACUGUGUGUGCUUGCUGGAAGCCCUCCAAAAAGAAGCGCCAGUCUGCCAUCCAAAGAUCCCCUGUUUAUAUGGAGCAGAGUGAGAACGGCCAUGAUGUGGAUGUGGUUCCUAAACCAAUGGGUUAUCCUGGUCGCAGGAGCCCUCUGGCUCUCUAUGUGCUCAAUGAAGACGAACUUGAUGAGAGCUGCUCGAGGAAUCCUCACAUUCAACCAGGGCUUAGAUACCCGCCCAACUACGCCCACACACUUGAGGGCCACGCCCACUCCCUCCGCAGGUACCCUCGCAGUCCUGUCCCCUCCCCCCUGGCUCAACCCCAUCGGCCCACCCCCCUGCGCCCCAUCCUCCACCCAUGUGCCCCACCAUCACCACUCGCCACUGGCUCUGGGAGGAGACCCCGCCCACCUGUGAGCCUUCCAACCAACCGGCAGACACCAGAGCCGGCCAUAACCACGGAGACCACAGAGGCCGAGUUCCCGCCCCUCUCCACUGCCCCUCCUUCAUGACCCGAGGCUGGGACUGGAGGGCCUGACUGUCUGAGUAACCACCUAGCAGUGCUCACUCCCAAUACCCCUCACUAUGCCGUCACUCUAUAUGUUUGAUAUUAGCUACCAUGAGAGUAUAACGUUCCUUUUUGUUUGUAUGGAUCUUUAUGUGCUCUCCUGCUCGCCCUGUUUGGAAACAUGAGAUUGAGACACUUUCUUUACACUGGGCAGACAGACAGGCAGUCUAACCGACAGUUAGACAGACAGACCUGACCACACCGUGACACAAUUCUGCUUAUCAGAAUGGAUGUAUUUACCUUUUUUCAUUUUUGGUAUUUCAAACAUUAUUUCAACCCUUUCUUCUUGUGUAUAAAGUACCAAGAUCCAGUGCUAUGUAAAUAUGUUAUUUGGGGAUUUUUACACAGCAGACAUUUUAACACCUCAUAUAAAACAGCUUCUUUAUCACACAAGAUACAUUUUUAUAAAUUUGAACUAAAAUAAACAAUGGAUGAAGGUUCCUCAUGUGUCCA